AUGGACGCGCUCAAGUCCGCGGGACGGGCGCUGAUCCGGAGCCCCAGCCUCGCCAAGCAGAGCUGGGGGGGCGGCGGCCGGCACCGGAAACUGCCUGAGAAUUGGACAGACACUCGGGAGACACUGCUUGAGGGGAUGAUCUUCAGCCUCAAGUAUCUGGGCAUGACGCUGGUGGAACAGCCCAAGGGUGAGGAACUGUCAGCUGCAGCUGUUAAGAGGAUCGUGGCCACGGCUAAGGCCAGCGGGAAGAAGCUGCAGAAGGUAACUCUGAAGGUGUCGCCACGGGGGAUUAUCCUGACUGACAGCAUCACCAACCAGCUCAUUGAGAACGUGUCUAUUUACAGGAUCUCCUACUGCACAGCAGACAAGAUGCACGACAAGGUGUUUGCAUACAUCGCCCAGAGCCAGCACAACGAGAAUCUUGAGUGCCAUGCCUUCCUCUGCACCAAGCGGAAGAUGGCACAGGCUGUCACCCUCACGGUAGCUCAAGCCUUCAAAGUUGCCUUUGAGUUUUGGCAGGUGUCCAAGGAAGAGAAGGAGAAGAGGGAGAAAGCCAACCAAGAGAAAGGGGACAGCCCAGGUGGGGCCCACCAUGACUGCACCCCCUCACUGAAGAGCUUGGUUGCUACUGGGAACCUGCUGGACUUGGAAGAGACGACCAAGGCCCCACUGUCCACAGUCAGCGCCAACACCCCUAAUGUGGACGAGGCACCAAGGACUCAGACCUUGAACAGCAACAGUGUUGUUUGGGAACUGGAGGACGGCCUGGAUGAAGCAUUUUCAAGGCUGGCCCAAUCUCGGACAAACCCUCAAGUCCUGGACAUUGGACUGACAGCCCAGGACAUCCAUUAUGCCCAGUGCCUCUCACCUGUUGACUGGGACAAGCCUGAUAGUGGUGGUACCGAGCAGGAUGACGUCUUCAGCUUCUGA